AUGAGAUGUGUUACAUCUGUGAAGUUUUCUGUUCUGCUCAAUGGAGCCCCUCUCAAAGCUUUUUGCCCUGGCCGUGGGCUUAGACAGGGCGACCCUCUAUCCCCAUAUCUGUUCAUCCUGUGUAGUGAAGUUCUCUCGAAGUUGGUUUGCCGUGCGGAGACUAAGGGCGAGAUUACGGGAAUCAAGAUAGGUAAAAACUCCAUGCCCCUUUCACAUACUUUCUAUGCUGAUGAUGCUCUGUUUUUCUGCAAAGCUACUCAUGCAGAAUCACAGAAUCUGCUUCGUUGCUUGGAGACGUAUGAACACUGGUCUGGUCAGAAAAUUAGUAAGGCCAAGAGCAGCGUUUUCUUCUCCCCUAAAGUUGGCCAGGAAGCAAGACAAGAACUCAAGGAUUGUUUGGGAAUCUCAACUCUUAUGCACAAGGAAAAGUACCUCGGCAACCCUCUCCUAGUUUCUAUCAAGAAAAGGGAGGAUUUCUCUUUUCUAAAGGCCAAGGUUCUCAAUAGACUAGAAGGGUGGAAAGCUAAGUGUCUCUCUCAUGCUGGUAGACUUACCUUAGCACAAUCGGUUCUUCGGAGUAUUCCUUGUUACGCUAUGUCCACUUUCAGGAUACCAAGAUCUAUUUGCAAAGACCUUGACAGCAUCAUGGCGCGAUUCUGGUGGAAAGGGAAUCAUGGUGACUCCUCAAACAACCAUUACCUUGCCCUGAAAAGUUGGUCCGCUAUCUGUCAACCUAAAAGGAAUGGGGGACUUGGUUUAAGAAGAUUCAGAGAUAUGAAUUUGGCCUUACUAGCCAAACUAGCGUGGAGUUUGUUAUGCAACAUCAACAGACCGUGGGUUAAAAUCCUUUUGGCGAAGUACUGUGGCUCAUGUAGUUUUUGGGAGGUGGAGAAGCAAGGAAGCGAUUCUUUCUUGUGGAAGGGUAUCAUUGAAACCCGUCGAAUUUGUGUUGAGGGCGCUGGGAUCAUCAUAGGCAAUGGAAAGACUGAAUUGUGGACCAAACCUUGGAUCCCUGGUUUCACUCCUGAGGAAAUCAGACAAUCUUUCUCUUUUGUGCCUAACCACAAAUUCACUAUCGUUGCUGAUCUGUUUUUACCAGGUACUCGUUUGUGGAAUGCGGAUUUAAUUCAAGCUUGCUUCCAACCUGCUAUUCCGGAUGCUAUCCUCCGGAUCAAACCUCUGCCUCUUGAGGAGGAUGUUGUGUUCUGGAAGGCCAGCAACAAAGGGGUAUUCUCAGUGAAGAGCGCAUACUGGCUGUCUCAACAGCACCGGUUUCACCAUGAAAAGGAGUGCUGGAAAAAACUCUGGAAGCUGAAAACUCACCCCCGACAUGCCUUACUGAUGUGGAAAACAAUGAGCGGGUGUCUUCCCCUGAAGGCAAACCUUGGCUUUCUGCAGGCUCAUGAUAGGAUGUGUGCUCUGUGCAACACAACUUUAGAAUCGGAAGUUCACUUGUUUUGGGAGUGCAGUUUUGCCCGAGCCUUAUGGUUUCAAAGUCCUUGGAGUUUUCACACUGCUGCACUUCAGUUCGACAAUUUUGAACAGUUGUUUACUUGGUUUGGGAGCUUUGAUGACCACAAUCUGCUAUUCCAUUCAGCGUGUGUGAUGGAAGAAAUAUGGUUAAGCCGAAAUGACAUGACUUUCCACAACUCUUCCCCUGAUCUGAAUGCUUCACAUCACCGUAUCAUGAGGCGUUUCUCUGAAUUCUAUCAUGUUAAGGAAUGUGAAAGCAUCAGUGAUACUCAGUUUUCUGAGGAGUGUCUUUCGAAUUUUGAUGCCAUUUUCAUGACAGAUGCUUCAGUUGUGGAUCAAUGGGCAGGGUUGGCUUUCGUUCAAAUUGGGAAUGCUGCUGAAUCGUUCCAUGGCCAAGACUAUUGUCAGGUGAUCAGCGUGCUACAUGCAGAGUUGGAGGCCAUUCUUUUGGCAUUGAAAGCAGCUUCAGUUAAAAAGUUUUCCAAGAUCCAAAUUCUCUCUGACAAUGCUACUGCUAUACAAGCCUUGAAGGUUCGGGAACUGCCUUUUGCUUGGGGUUCCUUCCCAGUCUUUCGUCAGUGUGUGGAGAUGUUUAAGUUCUUUUCUUGUAUUUCUUUUAAGUCCGUGUCUAGGGCGGAUAACUCUGUUGCUGAUAGGCUUGCCUAUUUGGCUAGAGUGAACAAUGUGCGUUCUCUUUUGUUUGUUAGGGAGGCAGUACCCCUUGUGACUGCUAGUUAA